AUGGAGGAGAAACAAGAGUACCUCCGGAAGGAGUCCGAGAUCGGAACCCUCCGUUCAAUUGCACUCGGAGCAGUCACCAUCACGGCGUUCUCUCUGGGAACCUCCAUCAUGCUCCUCCCACUUUUGUUCAGUCACGCACAGACUGUUCAAUCUUCGCUGGAACACGAAUUGCAGUUCUGCGUCUUGAGAUCUCAUGAUCUUUGGGAUGAGUUGAACAAAAUCGAAUCUUUCACCGGAAAACAAUCCCGCAUCAAGAGACAAUACGUCACUGGACCAAUUGGAGGAGGAGGCGGAUAUGCUGGAGGACACGGAGGAUAUGGUGGACAUCAAGGAGGUGGUGGUGGAUACGGAGGACAUCAAGGUGGAGGCUACGGAGGAUACGCUCCAAGACCAGCACCACAGCCAGCUCCAGUCUACCGUCCAGCAGCGCCAAUUUAUCAACCACAACCACAAACUUCCUCGUCUAUCUGCAUCUUCGGACCACCAGGACCACCAGGAUUCCCAGGAUCCGAUGGGCAACCAGGAAGAGACGGAGAGGCUGGAGCACCAGGACAACCAGGAAGAGAUGGAGGUUCCGGAUACGGAGGACCACAAGCUAAUGACUGCCAGACUUGUGCACCAGCACGACAAGGACCACCAGGACCACCCGGACCACUUGGACAACCAGGACAACCAGGAGCUCCAGGACAAGCUGACACAUCAAGCUCAGUUGGACCACCAGGACCACCAGGACCAUCAGGACCACCAGGACAAGAUGGACAUCCAGGAGAGGCUGGAGCACCAGGAGCACCAGGACAAGUCACUCAAGGACCAGGUAGUGUUGGACCACCAGGACCACCAGGGCCAGCAGGACCAAAAGGACCAGACGGACGUCCAGGACAAGGAUCCGGUGGACAACCAGGACCACAAGGACCACCUGGAGAUGAUGGGCAGCCGGGACAACCAGGAGCCGCCGGAGGACCAGGACAACCAGGUCAAGAUGGAGGUUCCGGAGGACAAGGAGCAUGUGAUCACUGCCCACCACCAAGAGUUGCUCCAGGAUAUUAA